AAUACGACUUCUACAAAACACGACAAUAUAAAAUGCCAAAUAAUAUUUAUAAAGAUGCAAGAACUAUAUUUAUUUUAUGUAAAAUUGUUGGAAUAACAAGUCUCAAAAAUAUCUUUUCAGGAAAGCUAGUGUUCAAGUGGGGCAUACACUGUACUGGACCAAUUAUCUCCUUCUUUAUUCACUGUUACACUAUGCACUGGAGUGUAAAUGCAAAUCCAACACCACCAAAUUCACGGUAUUGGUUUUAUUUUGUUACAGUAAAAGAAUUCAGCAGAAUGAUAUCAAUAUUACACUCGGACAAACAUAUUCCUUCUAUUAUUGAAAAUAUUUAUAAAUUUGAUUUGGAGUACAUACCACUAGAUAACCAACCAUGUAAAAAACCAAAAUAUUUUCUAAAAAUAUAUUUUAUUUUAAGUAUCAUUGUACAUACAUGUAAUGUUCUUGAAGUAAUAAUAAAUGGAUUUUCAAUGAUAACCUUAACGAAAAUUUUAUCAAAGUGCGUGACAUUGAUGUUCCCCAUACCGUAUUUCUUCUUGUGCCAUGAAUUAUGUGUACGAUUUCAAUCGUUAAAAUUGCGAUGGCAAACCAAGAUGGCUGAAAUUUUUAAAGCAAACAUUACAGAUAUUGUAUACCAAAAUAUGGAAUUGGAGCGAUUGGCUCAUGCAAAACUUUGUGACUUAGUAGACAAUAUACGUUUAGCAUUUGGAUUCCAAAUAACAACAUUCUUGUUUUUUAUUUUCCUCGAACACUUGGGACGUUUUUAUUUUCAUAUUUACAUGUUACCUGCGUUCGUUGCCAAUCACCCUUAUAUAUCGGAGAGCUUUUUGGACAUACUACAACCAUACAUGUUUUUAAUAAACACCUGGAUCUGUAUUUACUUGAUUGCGUACAUGUCUGAUCUACUAACUGAAUCAAGUAAAUCAAUAAUAUCAGAUUUAAGAAACAUACCUAUAUGGAAAUUGCCUCAUUUUUGUAAUGAACAGGUAGAAAUAUUUCUGUCACAAGUAAAAAAUUCGAACACUGAAAUUACGGCAUCUGGACUUUUUGUGAUAAAUAAAACCCUCUUGUCUUCAAUAGUAAUGUCAUUAGCAACAUACAUCAUAGUCCUGAUACAACUAUCACAAGAUAUUGGAAAAGUUCUUACUUAACCCUAAUAUUGCUAAUAUGCUGAAAAUUUUUAACUAUAAGAGAUCUAAUUUAUAAAAUUAAUGUUCUUAAUUAUUUUUAAAUAACAGAAUAAAACAAAAGUAGUUCUUUAAUCAUAUCCAAAUACUGAAAUGUCAUA